GACGUUACAGGAAGUGUUUGAGGACGGUCCUUACGCUGUCUGAUGAAAUCUCUGACCGACGGAAGCGACAGCGGUUAAACUGACACUUUAUAACCGCAUUAUUACCGCAUUAUCACCGCAUUAUCACCGCACUAUCACCGCACUAUCGCCGCAGGAGACAGACCACCGUCGGAGCUGCACCUUCCAGCUGAUAAUUGAUGUUUUGGAUCUUUUGAAUCUUUAAUAACCGCUCGAUAGCUAGCUAGCUGCUAAGCUAACCUAUUAGCAUCGCCGCCUUCAGAUUAAAAGCACGGGAAUGGCUCUUCUCUCCUCUUCACAGUUGGAUUCUUCCUCGUACCAUGAUUCCGUUUGUGUCUCUUCGUCCUCCAGCUCCAAGUUGUCCACCAGGAAGAAGCACCAGCGCCGCUCCCAGCAGGCCGACAGCGCCGCGGAUCGCGCCCGUGUGUGGGACGGUGUUUCCCGGGUUCCCGCUGGCUGUGGCAGUCGGUGUAUGGAGGAAUAAAUCACAUUAAACUACAGACUUACCGCCACUGCUGCUCAGGUUAUGUCACACACUUUAUUUUUUGCACUUUUAAGUUAAAGAAAAUGUUCAGAAGUCUUAGUGUAUCCGGCGGGCAGAGCUCGUCCUCUCCGGCCGGGCACGGAGGCUCCUCUCCCGGGCUGGACAGCCAGGAAAGCUCGUGGAUCGGCCUGCUCUCCGUGGUGUCGAGGCCUGCGUGGUCGUUUCUGCAGAAAUAUCUCCCGGGACGACCCCGAAACCCGCUCCUGUGUGACCGCAGCUUAGUGGAUGAAGGAAGUGAGUUGUUAAGACAGCUGGAGGAUCUGCGGUGUCAGCACGACGCCGCCGCCGGCCUGCUGGAGCCGGAGGCCGGCCUGCUGGAGCCGGAGGCCGGCCUGCUGGAGCCGGAGGCCGGCCUGCUGGAGCCGGAGGCCGGCGGCGCUGUGCCGUGGCUGACCGCCGACUCUCUCCGGGAGGUCGGGAUUGAAAGCGCGGAGGAAAUCAACCUCUGCCCGCAAACUCACAUCGGAUAUUUCUCUUCUGCCAGGACUUUUCUCAGGACUGUUCAGCUGAGUUCAUCUCAGGGAAUCAAACCCCCCGGAGGAGGGGAGCACCGGGUGGCGGUGCAGAGCAGCGGGGGCAAGAGCGGGACGUGGUGGGGCAGUUUCUGGGGAGGCGAGGAGAGCUCGCAGAGAGGGCUGCUGUCAGGUCUGCCCCGGGCCGAGGACGGGACCCUGACAGGUCGGCUUUGUCCACAACAACCAGAAACAACCGGCGUGUUUGUCCAGAGCGGGGGGGGAUGGAUGCUGGGAGAAAACACUGGACCGACCCCCCACAAAGAGGAGCCGGCCAACAAUGGAGGUCCUCACACAGUCCAGAAUGCGGAGGGGUCCACACCAGACCGCCGGCUCAGCAUCAGUGAUCACCUGAGCGGAUCAGGAGCCGCCGCCUGCAGUGAGGUGGUUCUGACCCCCGACCAGGACAAUGGUUACUCCAGCCUGGAGGAGGAACUCGUCCAGAUGUGCCAGCUGUACCUGGUGAAAGCCCCCCCCCCGCAGGAGGAGGGCAGCGCAGACAUGGAGGAAGAGAGCUGUGAGGAGGGAGGGUCUUCAUCAGGACCGGUAGCCGAGGAAGAGGAGGAAGCAGCCGCUCAGGAGGGUGAGUCAGCGGGGGCAACUGCGGGCCCCCCCCCCCAGUGCCAGAACAAAGCCAUCGCCUUCAUCAUGGGCUGCCCCUGCAGCGACGACGACAGCAGCCAGUCAGACGGCGGCGACGACGACGGCUUCGACAGCGAGGGCUCGUCCGAUCUGUCGUCCACUGACGAAGACGAUGAAGACGAUGAAGAAUCGGACGGCGAGGUGGACUCGGACACGGAGCGCCUGUGGAGCUCGUUGUGCCGAACCCUUGACCCCUACAACCCCCGAACCUUCACCGCCCGGCUGCACACCGGCAGCACGCCACCCAGGACCAUCCCUACCUCCACGCCCCCGUCCUCCAACCAGUCCUCCCCCGCCUCCUCCCCUGACCUCACCCCGCUCCCCCCCUCCUCCCCUCCCCUCUCCUCCCCUCCCUCCGGCUCUGACGUCUGGGACGACUCGGCCUCGGCCAGCGAGGUGGACGAAGCGGAGAGCCUCCGCCUUUGGAGCUCCUUCAGCUGCUCCUCCGACCCCUACAGCCCCUUUAACUUCCAGGCCCCGCUCAGGACUCGAGAGCCCGUGGAGGCGGUGCCCCGGGCCAGAACCAGGACCAAGAAGGCCUCUCAGACCGGCCCUCGCCCCCCCCACCCUACCCCAGCUGCUCCACCCGAGUACAGAAAGGAGGAGGCCGAGGAGAGGCUGGACAGCGGCUUCUCUGAGCCCUGCUCCUCCUCCAGCACCCGGAACUGCAGCGCCAACAAAAAGGUGCGUUUCUGUGACCAGGUGGAGGAGUUCUUCGCCAGCGGUGGCGAGGAGGAGGAGGACCGGCGGGGCCCGUGGGAGGAGCUGGCCCGGGACCGCUGCAGGUUCCUGCGGCGCUGCCAGGAGGUAGAGCAGAGCAUCGCAUACUGCCUGCAGCCGCAGCACCGCCGCCUGGUGUGCCGCCGCCUGCAGGACGCCUGAGGACCUGGAGACCGCCUGGAGACCGCCUGGAGACCGCCGUCCCUCUGCAACCAGAACUGUAGAGGACAGAUCCUCUAACGUCUGCAGAGGACAGUGAAUCCAGUGAGGAGACAGAGACUGAGAACUGACUUCACUUUGAUCCUGUUUAGUCCACGUCUGUCUGUCUGUCUGUCUGUCUGUCUGUCUGUCUGUCUGUCUGUCUGUCUGUCUGUCUGUCUGUCUGAGUGAGACCCUGAUCUGAAGUUCACUGUGAGGAUGAACCCGUCUUUAUUUCUUAAAGGUCUGUUUGUUGCUGCUGUCUCCGACGUUCAGACCCUCCGAAGAUGAUUUUAGUAUUGAUCAGUGACACCUGAUGAUGAUAAUAAUCAAUCAAUCAAUCAAUCAGUCUCUUUCUGUCAGAAACAGUCAAAGUCUUGUUUUUCUUUAAUAAAUGAAAAAAAAAGAGCUCAGAAUUAUUUUAACUGCCGGCGAGUGUUCACCUGACUGAUUGAUUAUUGAUUAUUGAUUAUUAACAGGGUCUGUGGCGGCAGCAGCCGGGUCACAUGUUGCAGUUCAGUAUUUGAGUUUGUCUUUGAAGCCAAAGAUCGCUGGAGUGUGACAGUGUCUGAAUCUGAUCGAUCAGCAUGAAUUGAUCUGGCUCCCAUUAUUAAUCAAUACACUGCAGUGUUCUGAUCAGUGUUCUAUGAAAUGCUCUUAAAUUCCCUUUAAGUCCACUAGAAGAAGUCCUGACUUACGUUUUCACACUAAAACCAGUUUUAAAAAGACUUUCUGAUCAUUUACAUGCACACAAAGUGCCAGUGUUCUUUUAUUCUGAAAGGGUUCCACUUCCUGGAUAAUGAAUCAAUAAUCUAUAAUAUUCUCACAGGGACAUUUCUUUCAUCAUGUUUCCAGCAGGAAAUUCAUGUCCACAGAAAGAGAGAGAAUAUGGCCACAGAAAGUAAUGUUACUUUAAAAAGAGUAAUAGAUUACUUUAAAUAAGUUCAAUAUGAAACAUUUGAACUUUAAUAUCUGGAAUAAUUGAUUAAUUGAUCAGUUUUAUUGUCACAUUCAGAAUAACAGGAAGUUGAAGUGCGUGUAAUCACAGCCAUUGAUCCCCGAUUAGCUUUAAUGUUUAUCCAACAGAUCAAUAAACAGAUUAUUAUUAUUAUUAAUGACUUUAAACAGGAAACGAUGUUAAACAAUCACUUUUAUUUAAAGAUUAACAGAUAAUCAAUAAUCGUCUGUAUUAAAAAUCAAUGGGUAUUUCUGAGUUUGUGAAUAUUGAUUACAUGAACAGAAGUUUGUUCACACACACACACACACACACACCGCUGACUGUGGGUCAGCUGAUCAGUCAUCAAUAAUCAAUAACAGUGAGAAGGGAAUAGCAAAACAGAAGAAAUGUUAAUUGUUUAUUUUUCUAAUGUUUGUUUGGAAACUCGCUCUGCUUCAUCUCCUCACUAAUAAAUAUGAUUGAAUAUUAAAUCAA